CGUUUAUCUGAGCUCCUCAGUCCUCCUCCAUUACACACAUUGCUCCAUCAUAUACACCAAUACACGAUACACAUUCACACAAGUUCUGUCUUGAUCUAAACAAGUCUCAACCAGUCUAAAUACUGAAUAGCCCCAACACCUUCAGUAAACUCACGUGUUAACAACUGUUAAAAAUUAUUCAAUAAUAAAUCAUUUACAUUGUUGAUUGAUAAAAAAUAAUAUUCUUUAAACGUGUGAUUAUUGAUAUAAUUUUAUUAAAAAAUGUCAUCGUCCGAGAAAAUUUUAAAGAAAAAAAUUAAAAAAAAAGAAAAGGUUAAAAUUGACAAUUUAAAAUUAAAAAAUGCAGCUUUGGCCCUCAAUAAAAAUGAUGAAUCCGGGGAGUCUUCGGUUAACAAAGUUAACAAGAAAAAAAUUAAAAAAACUAACCUAAAAAAAGAGACAUCAGUAAAAAUCAAGCCUAAAAAAGCUUCCAAGAAAACUUCUGUAGUUGAGAAACAAUCUGAGCAUGAAGAUGAUCAUGAUGAUGAGGAAGAAGAUCAAAAAAUGGAAAGCGACGAUGCAAGUGAUGAACCUAUGGAAGAAUCAGAUGAUAAUGUUAAUAAUAAUGAUGAUAAUGGUAAUGGUAAUGGCAAGGGUAAUGAUGAUGAUGAUGAUGAUAAUAGUAAUAAUGGCAAUGGUAAUAAAGAUGAUGAUGAUGAUGAUGAUGAUGAUGAUGAUGAUGAUGAUGAUGAUGAUGAUGAUAAUGAUGACGACGACGACAAUGAAAUGUUGCCAGGAUCAUCAGUUGGUCUUGCUGUAUCCACAAAACCAGAUUUUUCAUCUCUAGUAGGUAGUGUUUCUGAAAAUACAUUAAAAAGUAUUGAAGAAAUGAAGUUUCCAGAGAUGACUGAAAUUCAAGCAAAGGCAAUACCUCCAUUACUUGAAGGAAGAGAUGUUGUUGGUGCUGCUAAAACAGGGUCUGGUAAAACACUUGCAUUUCUUAUACCAGCAGUUGAAUUAAUAUAUAAAAUAAAAUUUAUGCCAAGAAAUGGUACUGGUUGUAUUAUAAUAUCACCAACACGUGAAUUAGCAAUGCAAACAUUUGGUGUAUUAAGACAACUUAUGAAAUAUCAUUAUCAUACAUAUGGUUUGAUAAUAGGUGGUACUAGUAGACAAACAGAACAACAAAAAUUAGCAAAAGGUGUUAAUAUUGUUGUUGCAACACCUGGAAGAUUACUUGAUCAUUUACAAAAUACUCCUGAUUUUUUGUAUAAAAAUUUACAAUGUCUUGUUCUUGAUGAAGCUGAUAGAAUUUUGGAUAUUGGAUUUGAAGAAGAUCUCAAACAAAUUAUCAAAUUAUUACCAAAACGAAGACAAACAAUGUUAUUUAGUGCAACACAAACUAAAAAAACUGAAGCAUUAGCAUCACUUGCAUUAAAAAAAGAACCUAUUUAUGUUGGUGUUAAUGAUGAAGAUGAACAAGCAACUGUUGAUACUCUUACCCAAGGUUAUGCUGUUUGUCCAAGUGACAAAAGACUUUUACUAUUAUAUUCAUUUCUUAAAAGAAAUCAGAGAAAAAAAAUUGUUGUGUUUUUUAGUUCUUGUAUGUCUGUUAAAUUUCAUAGCGAAUUAUUUAAUUACUGUGAUAUAGAAGUUAUGAGUCUUCACGGUAAACAAAAACAAACAAAACGUACAACAACAUUUAACCAAUUUGAAACUGCAAAGACUGCAAUAUUAUUAUGUACUGAUGUUGCUGCAAGAGGUCUUGAUUUUCCGAAUGUUAGUUGGAUUGUUCAAUAUGAUCCUCCAGAUGAUCCAAAGGACUAUAUUCAUCGUGUUGGUAGAACAGCACGUGCUGGUACCAGUGGUCAUGCACUUUUAUUUUUACGACCUGAAGAACUUGGUUUUCUUCGUGAAUUACGUUUACAAAAAGUAAACGUUGAGGAAUUUCAAUUAAAUUGGAAGGAUAUUUCAAAUAUUCAAUCACAGGUUGAAAAUUUAGUAUCAACCAAUAAGUUUAUGUAUGCAUCAGCAAAAGAAGCAUUUAAAUCAUAUGUACGUGCUUAUGAGUCACAUCAUUUGAAACAAAUAUUUAAUAUUGACACACUGGAUUUAAAAGAAGUUGCAAAAUCAUUUGGUUUUGUAGUACCACCUAAUAUUGCAUUACGAAUGGGAGCAAGCAGUUUAUCUAGAAAUGCACCAAGAGAAAAUCAUCGAGGUGGAUAUGGUUAUGCAAGAAAUUCAAACAACAGUAAUAGAGGUCGAAAUUUUCGUCAAGGAAGACAAAAUAGAGAUGCACGUCAAUUUUCACGUUAAUUAUAUUAAUUCAAUAUAGAAAAAAUAUAAAAAUUGAAUUAUCAUAAUUUUAUUUUUAAAAAAUCAUUUUUUUUUUUAAAUCAAUAAACAAUAAUCAAAAUAAUCUAUAAUCAUUUUUUUUUUUUCAAUUUUAUUUAUUCAGUAUAAUGUAUUAUUUAUUAAAAUAAUAUUUACUAUUGAAUAUUUUUUUAAAUAAUACAUUCAAGUAAAGAAGCAUUAACACCCACAAUUUUUUUUAAUAUUUUUUUUUCAUGAUUAGAAAGAAUGAAAAGAAAGAAAGAAACUUCUACUCAUGCUACGAAAAAUGGUAAAAUAUGUUUGAAUGUCAUUUUAUAAAAUAGUCAUAAUUUUUAAUGCUCUGGUGUAUCGCCCACAGGGUCGUGUGCCAGUCCAUCUAUGGUCCGAGUAAGUGACGUCAACAUAAAUAAAAAAAUAAAAAAAAAAAAAACUUAAACAUUAACCAAUAUGUGUGUAGGCGAGAAACAG